AAAUCUUUCUCCCAAGGGGUGCUUCAGCUGAUGGGCCUUGGGCCCCUUCUUUAUGUCUUGGACAUCUAAAGGUCGAUAUAUAGUAGAUCCAUGGAUCUCAUGUAGCAAAGGUAAGGUCUUUAGAGUUUCAAAUUAAGUUCCAGUUCCUGUAAAUGUGGAAUGUUCCAAGCUCUUAUUACCAAUCUGGGAAAGUGCAAAUCAUUCUCUGAACUAAAGCAAAUUCAUGCACUAGUAAUAACUUUCGGCCUCUCUCAUCAUGACCCUAUAUCAACAAAACUUCUUUCCUUCGCUGCUCUCUCCGAUACAGGCAACGUCGAUUACGCAUAUCGGGUUUUUUCCAGGCUACCCACUCCUAGAGUCUUUAAUUGGAACUCCAUCAUCCGAGGUUUCUCCAACAGUAAAAAUCCAAACAAAUCAAUUUCGGCUUUCAUUAAUAUGUUAAGAGCUGGAGUCUUCCCUGAUCAUUUAACUUACCCUUUUCUGGUCAAGACAUCUGCUCGUCUUUUAAAGCCGGAACUUGGUGGUGCGAUUCAUUGCCACGCUUUAAAAAAUGGGUUCGAGUUAGAUAAGUUCAUAAACAAUUCGUUGAUUCAUAUGUACGCCUCUUGCCGUGACAUAGUUUACGCGCGUCGGGUGUUUGAUGAGUUGCCUAGGAAAAAUAUUGUUUCGUGGAAUGCUAUGUUGGAUGGUUAUGCUAAGUGUGGGGAUAUGGCUUUGGCGCGUCAGGUUUUCGAUUGGAUGCCUCAGAGGGAUGUUGUUUCGUGGACUUGUUUGAUUGAUGGGUAUGCUAAGAGUGGGGAUUAUAAGGAGGCGUUGGCUGUUUUCGAGGGAAUGCGGGUAUGGGGUCCCAAGGCUAAUGAGGUAACUAUGGUGAGCGUGUUGUGCGCUUGUGCUCAUCUGGGUGCACUCCAUCAAGGAAGGUUAAUGCAUUGUUAUGUGAUGGACAAUGGAUUACCAAUGACUUUAGUUUUGCGUACUUCUCUUGUUGAUAUGUACGCUAAAUGUGGGGCAAUAGAGGAAGCUUUGGAUGUCUUUCGUGGGGUUUCUAAUUGUAAGAGUGAUGUGUUGUUGUGGAAUGCAAUGAUUGGAGGGCUUGCAACUCAUGGAUUGGUUAAAGAGUCGCUUGAAUUGUUUGCGGAAAUGCAAGUGGUUGGGAUUGUCCCGGAUGAGAUUACUUACUUGUGCUUGUUGAGUGCUUGUGCUCAUGGUGGAUCAGUGAAGGAAGCUUGGUAUUUCUUUGAGUGUCUUGGCAAACAUGGGAUGACUCCUAAGAGUGAGCAUUACGCUUGCAUGGUGGAUGUCCUGGCUCGAGCAGGGCAGGUAGCGGAGGCGUACCAGUUUCUAUGCGAAAUGCCCAUGGAGCCGACAGCGUCAUUACUGGGUGCUCUGCUAAAUGGGUGCUUAAUAUAUGGAAAAUCUGAUCUUGCAGAAAUAGUAGGAAGGAAGCUAAUUGAGUUAGACCCGGAUCAUGAUGGUAGAUAUAUUGGCUUGUCAAAUGUUUAUGCAGCUGUCCAGCAAUGGAAUGAAGCAAGAAGAAUGAGAGAGUCCAUGGAAAGAAGAGGACUGAAGAAGUCUGCUGGAUUUAGUUGUGUGGAGAUGCCUGGAGCUCUUCAUAGCUUUGUAGCUCAUGAUGAAACACAUCCUAAUUCAGAAGACAUUUAUACAAUGCUAAAAUUUAUCGUAAGCCAAAUGAAACUUGAUGUUCAUAAGGAUAAUCAAGAAUAUCUUUUGUAUGAAAUGAAAUGUAGUUGAGUGCAUGCUUUCUUUUCAAUAAAUUUUGACAAAGGAAUAUAAUUAGAUUUUCAGAGGUUGCCUCU